AUGGCAGAGGAGAUAGAAAUGAAGCUGCGCUGCAGUAAGGCCAUUGUGAACGAGAAAAAAGACGUCAAUGAUCGCUUCAAAGUCGAUCCAGCCAGGUCAACGCUCAACUUGGCGUGUAAGGAAGAGGAAACCACGUGGUUAGAGGAUGAUCGUCAUGUCGAAUUUUUUUUGCAAAGUGGCAUCAGCACUGAGUACGAGGAAAUGUGUCCGUCGUGGAAGCUCAACAAAAAUGAUUUGUUCAGGCUGAAGUUCACGCCCGCUAAUGAAGAACCGAUCCACAUGCUGGUGGAUCUGCUCACGUACAAUUUUGAUGUGAAGCGACAGCGAGUUGUGCAUCAAAUGUCGCUGGCGGAGCUAUGGGAACACUCGGAGUUGCAACUGGCGUUAUUGCUUGCUCCACACCAGCUGGUAGAGACCCUCCAGAAACCAUUGACGUUCAAGCUGAUGCUGCGCGAUCCGGUGGCUGCCGGUGGUGUCUUCAAUCAGGAUGGUUCACUCCUUACAUGCCCGGAUCUCGCGCUGUUAAUGGACAAUUUUUCUGUAAUUGUGUAUCUCUACACCUGA